AUGGUUGCGAGGCAGCCGAAUCAGAAGCACGAAUAUCUUUUGGAUUUCCGUUGGCACGACAAGCCCUGCUAAUGCGUACGGGGGCCUUGCCGGAUAAUCCCCGCGGUCUUCGAUAGUGACUGGGUGGACGAAAACACACACACAACACACAAACACGGGUGGCAAGAAAACAAAGAAAAAGAACAUCACGACGUGAAACGUGCGUUUCCUCCCAAAGCGUCGAAAGGAAAACUCAAGGUGCCCAGUGGCUCUGGCCAAAGUCGCAAGAGCGGCCGAAUCUGGUUCGGGCCAAUGGUGUAAUCACGAAUUAGUGACAAUGGUAGUCUGACUCUUACGCCUCUUGCCAUUUCUUGGCAAGCGAAUAUGUUGUUCACCAUGCAUUUGAGGGUCGACAUCAGAAGCUUGGGCUUGCAGCUCCCAACUUCAUAACUCAGAACUCCCCUACCAUCCACACUGUAACCUGAGCUGCACCCUUCUCUGGAUCCUCCCCAACCUGACCCCAAAGGGUAUCCUCCUGCUGGCGUCGAACGAGCAAAUCCGGGCCCUUCGGCACGCAAUGCGCCCGGUGGACCGCUCGCCGUGAACGCUGUGUCCACUACCGCGUUAAGGGGCAACUACCGCCGUGCUGAAAGCACCUCCCCCCCCGUCGGCGAACAAGUGAGCUCGGGGUGGGCCGGCUUCGAUCGAAAGUAGCAGACGCACAGCAGCGACGUUCGUACGCUCGGC